AGAGCUUUCAUGACACAUGAUGAUCUGGUUACAGUAUGCUUCUGCUACAUAAGUUACUCUCAACGCGUAGGUACAAAUUACAAACCUCAAUGCAAAGAGUUCCAUGCCUACGUAAUUUGGUCGAACAGUUCACCUAAUCUGACUAUCGGGCACAAAAAAAGAAAAAAAAAAAAUUGUAUUAUGCUACCAAUUGACCCAGCUCAUAUAUGUAGUUCACCUAAUCUUCACAAAUCACAAAAAGAAAAGUGCCCGCCAAAAAUGGGGUGCUGCAGGAUAAACCCCUCCAACCCUCCAACUCUCUGGAAAUUCCCAACUGAAAACCAGAAUCCCAGAACAAAAACCAUCAUCUCCUUCUCUUCCCCUUCCUACACUCAAACCGAAGAUUCGAAAAUCAAAGCUUUUUUCUGUAAACUUCAAGACUUUGAGUGCCUGCAAGCUUGGCAUGGCCAGAUAAUACAAUGCUGAAGGUGGUGCAGGAACUGAUUCUGCUGCAGAGAUGACGGAGAGCGACUCGUUUGGAGAUGUCUUGGUGUCGUUUGACAUCGGAAGGCUCUAUAUCCCACCAUUAGCGAGCGCAACAACAAAGUCCUUGCGGUUCCCAUUGCCGCCGUUUCUGAAGAUUUACAUUGCCCCGGAGCUCUUCAGUGGGAGCCUCAAUCCGGAAUCCGGGCAGGUUGAUCUUGAAUUCAAGGCGGAGUUUUCGUUUUCGGUUGGGAGCAUCUACAAGGCUCCUCCGCUGCUGGGGAAGACGGUAUUGACAUCCGAGGAAUCGAAAGGAACAACGAGAAGCGGAAGAGGGGAGAGGUUGGACAAACAAGGAAAUGCAGACUGGUUGGUGUGGCAACCGUUGAUCCUAUUGAUGACUUUCUGAUCAAUCCUUCCUUAGCCUUCCCACGGAAGGCCUCGCCGACCUGAAUGCUAUUAUUUCCUUCUCUCAGAAAUUAUAGGUAUCAUCUACCAUAAAAGUUAUGAAUUUUUUUCUGUGCUAUCGUUCUUGUUCUGUAACUACAGCCAUCACUUUAUAUGCUAUAUGGAUACAA